CAUCAGCCUGUGACGUUUGAAUUUUGGCUAGUGAUCGAAAAGCGCGCGGGUGUUGUGCGCGUCCUUUUGACAUCUCAACAGUGACCGGUCGGACGCGGCAAAAGACGUUACAUAAUUUGAGAAAAGUUCAACGAUCUACUAUUAUAUUUUAGUGAAUAGUGAAUAUAUAUUAUAAAAUAAUUUGACACUUGAAUGCGGUAAACUGACGCCAUGGACAAGCCAACUAUGCAUAUGCUCUCCGUCCAGGAGAAGGGCGGAGAGACGAGGAAGACCAAUCAAUAUAUCGCUGCUGUUGCUGCCGCAAUAGGGGCUGUAGCAGCCGGCACCAUACUCGGCUGGACAUCACCAGCGUUGCCACAACUGGAGCCUCCAAAAAACACCAGUGAAUUUAUUGAGAGAGAUAUAUUUGCCCUAAAUGACACGAACACAACCGACAUUCUCAUAAAUUCAUUGGGGCAGCAAGCUGACUUUCUUCUGGAUACUAAAGACAGUUCUCUUGUCUCAUCGGUGCUGGCAAUUGGUGCUGCCAUCAGCGCCUUACCCGUCGGCGUCUUCGCACAAAAGUUUGGACGUAGACCAACCAUUCUCAUAUUGGCUGGACCAUUUAUUCUGAGUUGGUUGCUGACAAUCUUCGCCAAUGGAGCGGGGAUGCUGAUCGCUGCUAGAUUCUUUGCUGGACUAGCUACUGGUGGUAUUUGCGUAGCAGCGCCAAUGUACAUUGGUGAAAUAGCUGAGACAUCCAUUCGUGGGUCAUUGGGAGCUUUCUUUCAGCUGUUCUUGACUGUUGGUAUCCUGUUUACGUUCGUGGUGGGUGGUUGGACUCACUGGAGGACUUUGUCCAUUGUAUCCGCUGUUAUACCAAUCCUGCUUAUUGUUGUGUUUUGGUGGAUGCCAGAAACACCUCAAUAUUUACUUGGAAAGAAUAGACGACACGAUGCUGAGAAGGCGUUGAGAUGGCUCCGCGGGCCUGAUGCUGACCUUACUACUGAACUUGAGGAUAUGCAGAAAGAGGUUGACAACGCAUCACGUCUCAAAGGUGGUAUUCUUCACAUGCUCACCAGCCGCGCGCCCCUUAUGGCGUUCAUCUGCUCCUUGGGCCUCAUGUUCUUCCAGCAAUUUAGUGGAAUCAACGCUGUCAUCUUCUACACGAACCAAAUCUUCGCUUCCGCCGGGUCUGAUAUUCCAGCCGUCAUCGCCACCAUCAUUGUCGGGGUGGUUCAAACCAUUGCCACAUACAUUUCCUCCUUGCUUAUCGAAAGAGCCGGUCGGAGAAUUCUCCUUCUCCAAAGCUGUAUCAUCAUGGGCCUCUGCCUUAUUAUCCUGGGAACGUAUUUCAAACUGCAAGAGGACGGAAGUAAUGUAUCUUCUUUUGGUUGGAUUCCGUUGGUCUGCUUGGUCCUCUUCAUUAUUUCCUUCUCUUUGGGCUUCGGUCCCAUACCCUGGAUGAUGAUGUCUGAACUCUUCCCCGUCGAAUUCCGUGGUACUGCAUCAGGGAUUACUGUGAUCACCAACUGGAUGCUGGUCUUUAUAGUAACCCUGUGUUUCCCCUUGAUGAAAAAUGCGAUCGGUAUUUACAGUUGUUUCUGGUUCUUCGCCGGUUUCAUGAUUGUGUGCGUGUUUUUCGUUUUCUUCUUGAUCCCAGAGACAAAGGGCAAGACUGUUACCCAGAUUCAGACCAUUUUGGGCGGCAAGGCAUAGUUUUUGGUUUUCGAAAGUAUUUGGACGACAUUUAUGAGCUAUGUUUUUGAGAGGGUCGUCAAAAGUUUUAGCGCAGUAUUAUUUAAAACAUUAUAUUAAGGCGUUAAUUAGAUACAGAAUCGAGACUUUACGCUCUAAGUGUGACUCUUUUGUACGUCAAAAAUGUAAUGAAUUUGGCAUAUGGAAGUUGAUGAAUCCCGUUUCUGAAUCUUAAAGUAGGACUAGACGCCCUAGAUUGAACACGGAGCAAAAUAAAUAAUACUCAAAAUUCAGUGAUUUCUUACAUACCAAUGGUGUUCACUUUUAACAAAACUAUUUAUAAGAAGAUAAUGCUGCCUAAGACGCACCCUGUAACAACAGAACGAAUGAAUUAAGACAUUAUUAUGUGAAUUUUAUUAUAUGACGUAUGAUUGUGAUAUUGUUUUUAAUUUAUAAGUAUGAACAGUUAGUGAUAGUUAAUGUAGUACUUACUGUGGACUUAGACGUGCCAAAUAUUUGUUGUUUUUUAUUUUAACUGUUAACUCGGAACUACUAAUUGUUAUUUUAUCGAUGUUUUAAAAUUUUAUGAAUUGUGAAAUGGCUUUAGAAUAU